CUCUCUCCUUAGGCCUGGCGCGCACCAUUCACCAACCCCAUGUCUCCGAAUCGAAGCUGCCCCCGCUAGUUCUGCUCUAAGGCCGAGCGAGCGAGCAAAAGCAGCAGCGGUUGCCUGUGAGAGCUCCGAUUCUAGUUGCAACCGGCCUUGUCGCAGGCAGCCAGCGAGCGAGCCAUCCCGCCGCCACAGGCUCCUCCUGGAGAAGCAACCGAGGCAGCGGAUGUCAGCUGGGAAAACCCUCUACGGUCACGCCAGCCUGAGCGGCUGGAGGAGGGCGUGGGCCGCUCGCGGGUUAAGUUCUUGCGCGAGGGGUUAUUUAUAGCAGGCAGCGGCAGGAGGUCUCUCGCGUCUCGCGCCGCCGAAGCCGAUCGUCGCGUCGCGUCGCGUCGCGUCGCCGCGAGCUUCAGUCCCAUCGCGAAGCGUGUCUGCCGGCCGUGGAGCUUAAGAGUCUAAGGAUGGGCAAAGACUUCCGCUACUACUUCCAGCAUCCGUGGUCCCGCUUGAUUGUGGCCUACCUGGUGAUCUUCUGCAACUUCUUAAUAUUUGCUGAGGAUCCAGUAUCUCACAGCCAAACAGAAGCAAAUGUCAUUGUCGUUGGGAACUGCUUUUCUUUUGUAGCAAAUAAAUACCCUGAGGGAGGAGGUUGGAGAUUUUUAAAAGUGUUCCUCUGGCUGCUUGCCAUCCUCACAGGACUGAUAGCUGGCAAGUUCCUCUUCCAUCAGCGUUUGUUUGGCCAAUUGCUUCGACUGAAAAUGUUCCGAGAGGACCAUGGGUCUUGGAUGACAAUGUUCUUCAGCACCAUCCUCUUCCUCUUUAUUUUUUCUCACAUAUACAAUCUGUGCCUCCUUAUGGCAGGUAACAUGAGUUCCUUGGAAUAUUUAUUUCAGAGAGAUGAGAAGGAACCUGACAAAAUUUCCAUGAUGUCAAAGCACAGUGCAUUCUUGAUACUGGCAUACAUUGUAACAGACUUCAUGGGCAUCAGGAAUGAAAGUUUUAUGAAGGUAGCAGCAGUGGGGACCUGGAUGGGAGACUUUGUCACAGCUUGGAUGUUGAUUCUGACUUAUGGCGACCCUAUGAAUAGGGUUUUCAUGGUCACAGAUAUGAUGCUUCAGGACAAGCCAUAUCCUGACUGGGGAAAAUCUGCCAGAGCUUUCUGGAAAAGGGGGAACAUCAGGAUCAUUUUAUUCUGGACAGUUCUGUUUACUUUGACUUCUGUGGUUGUGCUCGUCAUCACAACUGACUGGAUCAGCUGGGACAAGCUCAAUCGUGGAUUUCUGCCAAGCGAUGAAGUAUCACGGGCCUUUUUGGCUUCUUUCAUCUUAGUGUUUGACCUUCUCAUUGUCAUGCAGGACUGGGAGUUUCCACAUUUUAUGGGUGAUGUUGAUGUCAAUCUUCCUGGCUUGCCUGCUGCACACUUUCAGUUUAGAUUGCCUUACUUCAAAAAGAUUUUUAAGGAAGAAUAUCACAUACAUAUAACAGGGAAAUGGUUUAACUAUGGAAUCAUAUUUCUUGUUUUAAUCUUGGAUCUGAACAUGUGGAAGAAUCAAAUAUUUUACAAACCACAUGAAUAUGGUCAAUAUAUUGGUCCUGGGCAGAAGAUCUACACUGUAGAAGACUCGGAAAGCUUAAAAGAUCUCAACAGAACUAAACUGUCUUGGGAAUGGCGAUCAAACAACAUUAAUCCUUUGACCAACAGAACCUAUGCUGAAGGGGACAUGUUUCUGCAUAGCCGAUACAUUGGUACAAGCCUAGAUGUCAAAUGUCUGGCCUUCAUUCCAUGUUUACUAGCUUUCGCUUUGUUUGGCUUCUUCAUCUGGUUCUUUGGACGAUUUCAUAAAACUGAUCAAGGCAUGGAGAAUCUUGACAAAUCAUACACACGCAUGAAAAGGAAAUCGCCAUCUGAUGUGGGAAUGACUCGGGAGAAUACACAGGUUUUGGCAGAGGAGCCUUUCACCUGUGAAGAUCCACAUUUGAUAUCCAUCAAGUCAGACCUGAGUGAGAUCGUCUUUAAUUCUUCCCUCCUAACAUCUGAAAACGUUAGCUCACAUUUAGAUGAACAGCCAAGUCCACUGAAACCAAUAAGGGAGCCUCCUGUACCUAAGAGUAAUCAUUUAACCAAAUAACAUCUAUCUUGGAAAGAUGCAAACAAGCAAUUAUUGUGAGAUUUCAUUGUUAACUUUUUUGUAAACUAAUGUUUAUGUAGUCUUCAGAACAAAAAAAUGAUACAACCUAUACCCCAAAGGUGCUCAACAUGCUUUUUUUCUAUGACUUUGUUUUCUAUUUGUAUUAUGACUUGUGCCUAUUGUAUUAUAUCAAACAUUCCUUUAUAGAUUGCUUCUAAAAAUUGCAAUAGUGUACUAGAUGACUAUUUGCAGGUUUAAAAUGCUACUUUGGUGGUGCCUUGAAACAUUAAUUGUCUUUCUAACUCAAACAUGUAGAAGAGAUAUGAAGCUGUCCUUUUCAACUAUUUUGAAAGGGCGAUUUUCUUUUAAGUAGAGUGAUUUAAAACUUGGCCACAGAAUGUGUGGUCCACUGGCUGAAGAUGAUAAGUCUCACUCCAGACCCAUCUUCCUCCACUCCUUCUAGAGCUUGGAUGAUAGUAGCUGCUGUGUGGUGGAAAAGUAAUAUCUCUCUCUCUCUCUCGUUGCAGACUGGGGUGGAAAACUAUUGAGGAUCUUGUGCAUCUUACAGACUGUACACCAAGGGUAGCUAAUGUGGUGCCCUCCAAACGUAGUGCCCAUCAUCCUGGCCAUUGGCAUGCUGGCUGGGUCUGAUGGGAGCUGGAGUCCACAACAUCUGAAGAGCACCGCAUUGGCUGCCCCUGUUGACCAUAGUCUACACCCGAUUUAGAACCUCACUUAAUGCAUGUGUCAAUAACAAAAGCAUGAUGUCAAUGGUCAAUGUUUUUGUGGAAUGGUUUCUAAUAAGAAAUAGCAGUGAAAGUCUGGCUUUUAUUUACUGAUCUACAAAGUCUAUGACUUUGACAGCUGGACUUCAAGAAACAUGUUGAUUGCCUUUUAAUUUUGCUGACUAGCUUCCAGACACAACUACAGAUUCAUAGCUCCAUAACAUAAGAGUGAUAAUGUACCAUGGGUCGCUGCUUAGGAACAUGUGACUUUCUCCACAAGUAAUUGCAAUUAAUUGAUAAUGCCUAAUUAUGUUUUUCAUAAUUAGAGAUAAAUUUCUACUUGAUUAAAAAUCCUGCCCUUCACCCUUUUAGGAGCAAAAGGUUAAAAUGCAGUGUUGGAGGAACAGUCGGAAUCUUAGCCGAAACCUAUGCAAUGCCAAAGAACCAAUAUUGGGAAUGUGUUUAAGGAUUAUAGAGUCCAGCAAUUGCAGUGUUUAUGAACUAUGAUGUAAAUAUAUAUUAGGGCAGGAGUGAGCAGAAGGUAAAUAUGGAUCUGCUGGUAGAUCUUGGGAUAGACUAGCAAGAGUUCAUGCUUUUCAAUGUUUUAACAAGAGCAACAACAAAAAAGAUUUCCCUUCCCCUAAAUUAGGUUGCUGAAGCAAAGAAGGCUUGGGGGGAAAUGAGUAAUGGAUUCAUGUGUUAAAGGACUAUGAAAUCAGUUCUAGUCCUGGGCUGAAUGUGUGCCAUCAUUUUGCAUCUGGCUCUGGUUGGUGGAUCUCAGAGUCCAAGUAAAAAACAAAGGAGAUCCUUCAAGCCUGAAGUCUUCCCUCCCCUGAAUUUGGGUACAUCGAUAUGAAGCCCCUGUGCCAUCAUUUUGCAUCUGGCUCUAGUUGGUGGAUCUCAAAGUUCAAGUAAGAGCCAUCAAACCUGAAGUCUUCCCUUGCCUGAAUUACAGUACAUCAACAUGAGAUUUGUGCAAUGCUGCUGAGAGAAUGGCAACAGGUUGUGAUAUGAGGAAUGAAUGCAUGAAAUAGAAUAGCAGAUUCUGUGUUGUUUUGUUACUUUGAGGAAUUAACACUGUGUCCACUAAUAAAAAAAGAAACAAAAUCAAGUAGUAACUGUAUUUUCUGCUCUGUCUUCUUAGCUGGGAAUUUAGGUUGGUCAGCUGCAUUGUUCAAAUGAGUGCAGUAUCUGCGACUCCACCCUCCCAAACACUUACAUUGCUUCAGAUGUAGACCCAAAUGCUGCUGUAACCAUCCUCAUUUCUUAUUUGUUGUGAUCUGCCUGCUUUUUAAAUGGGCUGCAUGCUAAAAUUAGCAUGCAUAAUUGAAC